ACGUAGCAACCAGACUCACCAACCCACCGCAUCCAUCAAUAGCCAUGUUCCGCCCAUCCCUCCAGCGCACCCUCUGGUCAUGGCCCGCUCCACGGCCAUCAUCUCGCCUCUUCUCCUCGCAAAGUCUGCCGCUCCGGGCACAGCAGCAACCAGCACCAUACCAAGCUCCAGACCAAACGCAAGCACUCCCCACCACCGAGAAGCGCAACCCUCAUCGCGAGGUAUAUAAGCAAGGCGGAAUGGGACGUCCUGUGGCGCGGAAUUUUCUGAUUGCUAUGGCUACUUUCCAGGUGCUGUAUUGGACGUGGCUGAAAUUGGAGAGUAUCGAAAUUAAGCAGGAGAAGCUGGAGGAGUUGAAGGGUUUGGAGGGUGAGGUUAAGAGUUUGACUGGAUUUAAGGGGAAGUGAGAUUUUUGAUUGGAGGGUGAUUGUGGUAGAAGGAUAGGAGAGGACAGGACAGGACAGGACAGGAGAGGACAGGAGAGGACAGGACGAUGGGGAACGGCCUUCCCACGAACACGAAAAAACGCCGCCAGCAUAAUGUACAUGCUUCGCCCAGCAUAUCGCUCCAGAGGGGAAGCUCUGCUCACAUCCCACGAGAUUUCGAGCCCUCUCCGAUCGUCGUGGGAAGGAACACCAAUCAAUCAAGAGGAGUGCCACAUGGCUUUCUUCGCCCUCGGAGCAUCAACUAGCUGUAUUACCGCGAAUGACCAACUAUUCUCCACAGCGGUACAACAUCGGCGAUGGGAUGGAUGAUUGUCAUACCACACCAGCUAGCAUCAUCAUGUUGCCUGUUCCUCGCCUUACUCGCUGGGGAAAAAAGCUUCAUAUGAGCGAUGCGUGAAGUACGGCUCGUGGAGCUGGGACGGAUGGAGGUCACGUUCGUGCUGCCACAUGUCGUUCACGUGCUCGAGUACCGGAGGGAAGUUGAAGAAGGGCUUCUAAAUGCCACUUUCGCAUGGCGUACCCGAGACCAAUUUAACGGGUCAUCAUCUUCUGUGUCCAAAAGGCUGGUUGGGCGCUCAUGUCGUGCAGCCAUUUCAUGUUUGUCCAAGUCUGACGCCUCCAAACAAGCAUCUUUGGCAAGGCAGAUCCAGCUGCAUUGACGAGGAAGAUAAGAAUAGGGAGUCAAGUCGUGCACUGCCCG